AUGCUUGACCUAAAUUUGGCUACUUUUAUCUUGUCUCUUUUUUGCUCCAAAUUAUUUGAAUUUUCUCCUGGCAGUUUGCGUCAUCUUGUGACCAAAUGGAAGAAAGUUGGGCUCCACCGAGCUCUCAGUAGCAAAAUUACUCCCUGUUAUUGCUCUGGUGCCAAUAAUACUCAGAUUAUCUCUUCUAUAUCCACCACACCUACUGCUCGCAUUAUUAACAUCACUUCUGCUUCCGACGAAAUAUUGACAGAAAAAUCAGUCACAUUGCUUCCGAGCGCAUUGCACCUCUCAAAACACCAAACAAACAUAGGAUAUGGUGGAGAAAGCUGCAGACACUCACUCUCCUCCUCGACCUCAGCUUCACUCUCCCCACGCGACUCUAAACUUCAACGGCGGCCUGCACAAAACCGGAAUCGCAUUGCACCCACAGCUCCGCGGCGCCAGCUUGUCACUCCUAUAUCCGACCAACAAUCCUCUUUGCGAAGGCCGACAAGUGGUCCGCUCUCUUCUUCUUCUCCACGCAUCUCCACGACUAUUCCAGUGCAAUCAGGGAAUGUAUCCAAGCGCCUUCCUGUCGGCGUGGCUUACCCAUCAACAGGCAGCUGCAGAGGCAGGGCUGGAGUUGGUUGUUCAGAAAAGAGGUCGGCCCCACCAACAGUUCUUGCCAGCAGUAAUGCCACUAGUUAA